AAACUUGACUGGAUUUUAUCUGCUAAAUGAAAAAAACGCCACACGUAAACCCCACCAAAGCAACCUCGGGGAAAGAUGACAGAAAAGGCAGCAAUAAUUUUUCAUUUGUGCCUGAUGGGGUUGUGUUGUUUUUAUGUUUUUAACUGUUUGCAAAUCUUCAGUGUAAUGGUUUCAAACCCAGUCGUGUCGUUUCUUUACGCCCACACACAGAGCUGCAGUAGUGCAGACACUGUAGCAGCAAACCAUAUUACCAGCAUCGGCCAUUAAAACUCUUCCUACACCAGGCGUGGGCUGGCUUCACCCCCUCCUCUCUCCGCACACACCCCACCACCCACCUGUCAAUUUUCACAUGCUUAAAAAAAAAGAGAAGAGAAAGACACUGAAAAAAGAAAACAGGAUGCUGCUUUUCUUCCAACGCUAUUCCAGAGACCUGAACCUCUCCAGCUGCCUCUGAAUUGGCCACCAAAAGGUUCGUACAUGAACAAUGAUAAAGGAUACGAAGAGAGUGAAAUGCUACUUCAUUUUCUUCUGUUUCAUCUCUUCCUGUUUUCUGAAGGUUGUUACAGUGACAGCAAAGUAAGAAAAAAAAAAAGAAAAACCCAACUUCCUACUUCUAAUCUGUUUCAAGUCUUUGUCCUCGUUUCUCUCUGCUUGCAUCAAGUACUGACAGACAUGAGACUUCUUUUGCUGAUGCCCGGCUCAAUAAAAGUGUUCCACAGACCUACCUGUCCAGUGUACCUGAAGAUAUAAUUCAAGCUAGGAACAAAGUAAUUGUAUAUACAUGACCACAUGGCAGAUAAACUUUGAGAUGGAGGCACAGAAACAGCUGGGUUUGACAGCUGCACUUGCAGAUCAACCAGUUUCAACCUCGUCUCUCCAGCCUGCACAGAACUCUUCAGGUCACAGCCAGAGCAGCAUGAUUCCUCAACGGGAACAAGCACUGCCCCAACCUGUGUAUCUAAAAGCCCUCACCAUACCACUCUACCAGCCUGUCCAGGCAGGAUGUUUUCAGCCAAGCAGUCAGUUAGUGACUGGCAGGAGCUGUGUAAAUCUAGACAGUAGCAACAUACCUCUAAUCCUGAAUCCACUUCUUCCUUCAGAAGGCACAGAUCAGCCUCAGUCAGUUUUUCAGAAACAGCUUGGGCAAACUCUAACGCUGAACAUAGUGAGCACUUUACCAGUUUUGUCAUCACCAAAUCCUUGUGUAAAUGCAUCUAUUGGAAGCCCAGGAAAGUCAAAAAAAGCUGGGAAAUACAUCUGCAAACACUGUGGCCGAGAUUGUUUGAAGCCAAGUGUCCUUGAGAAACAUAUUCGCUCUCACACUGGAGAGAGGCCCUUUCCAUGCACCACAUGUGGUAUUGCAUUUAAAACUCAAAGCAAUUUGUACAAACACAGAAGAACUCAAACACAUGUCAACAAUACCAGACUGCCCUCAGACUCUGAUAACAGCGGCCCAUUGGAGCAGAACGACAAAUCCACAGAAAGCAGCACCUCACAUCAAGGCAGCAAACUACUUAGUAACACCUGUGAAGACAAAGGGAUACAGAUGAAACAACUGAAUACAGAGCCCAGUGCUGUAACAGGCACUAAGAGACUUCAUAAUGCCCUUCCACUGCUGGCAACAAGCGAUACACCAUUCAUUUCAGAAAAUAAAGGAACAAUGAAUCAGUCCUUUAGUUCCAAAGGUAAUCUGAAAGGUUCUGAAAGAGAACCUCAGAGUUUGCCAUCUCCAGGAGCUUUGCCAAACGGUCAGUGCCAGAGAAAGAAGAUACAGGAGCAAAGAACUCCAACUGCCAAUAAGCAUAUUCAGUUGCAAAGGCAGCAAGCAACCUCUUCAGAAAAACAAUGGGAUUACAAGCCAUUUGACUGCAAGCUAAAGAAGUGUGAGAGCACUGACUCAGGGUAUCUGUCACGCUCUGACAGCACAGAACAACAGAUGGCAUCACCCAGCCCAUUGCACAGUCUCUAUGAACACAGCACAGAACAGGAAAAUGAAACUGCCUUCAGCAGCUCGAGCUGCACCUCCGGAAGCAGUGCAAAGCUGGAUGCAGCUGAGAAAGCUAUGGCCUUGAUGCUAGAGAAAAAGAGGCUGGAAGAACACAUUUCAAAGCUUAUUUCUCAUAACAAAAGUGUGGUGGAUGAUACUCAGUUAGACAACGUUAGGCCUAGAAAAACUGUCCUUUCUAAACAGGGAAGCAUUGAUCUGCCAAUGCCGUAUACAUACAAAGACUCUUUCCAUUUUGACAUCAGAACCUGUGAUGCAAAUAGGAAGAAGAAUCUUUCCCUUUGUUCAGCAAAAUCUACCUUUGCACCCUUAGAAAAAUGCAAGCCAAUGUUUUUUCAUUCAGUUCCCACCCAGUUCUCCACAACCAUAGAUACUGUUCCUGUUACACGAAGCAACUCUCUGCCAUUUGUGGAGGGCACAAGAAUGGGACAUGACAAAGCAGGCUGCUCAAAACCACUUUCUCUUACUAAGCAGUCUGCAAACACAGGCCCUGUGAGUCUGCUGCCUAGCAACAGUCUCGCUGCAAAUUCAGUGGAUUUUCCUAAUAGCCAUCCCCGAGCUCUGGUCAGACAAACAGCAGUGGAUGAUUUGCCAUUAAGUAAUGUGGUCGAUCAUUCUCCUCCGUCAGAGGAGUUGCAAGGGAGUAAAAAGGUUGGGGCUGGAGAAGUAAUCAGUGCUAAAAAUAAGAAACACAAUCAAAGGAAGUUAAAGAUGUUCUCUCAAGAAAAAUGGCAAAUGUAUGGUGAUGAAACAUUUAAGAAAAUCUAUCAAAAAAUGAAAAGCAGUCAAAAUGCCAAGAAAACGAAACAAAGGGGAAAUAAGAUUACAGGUAUUACAGGCUUCACUCCUGAUUCAAAGGAACCAAUCAGCAGUACUGAAAUUACUGAAGAAAGCAAUGGCAGGAGCUCUGUAUGCGACAGUCCUUCCUCCCUUUCAACAGCAUGUUUAAGCAAUGAUAAGUCCGAAAUCUCUGCUAAUGGUAAGCAUAUUCUGCAGAAUGCGUCCUCUGAGGAACCUGCAGACAGUGUAACCUACCUAAUGGAGACAUCACAUUCAGUAAGUGCUGGUGCCCAGGCUGUAAUGAACAAACCCUCCCAAGAUCUCAGGGGUAGCGACACAAACAGACACACAGCAGGCAGCAGCACAUUACUAGCUCCAAGCAGAUCUGAGCUUCAAAACACACAGUGUCAGCUGGACACCAGCAGAAGGAAUGAUGACUGCUUGCCAGUACAGAGGAGCAAAUGGGAAAAACCAAGCCCUGGGGAAGAAUCCAGUCCAUUUGAAUCAGAUUGUAAAACCACUUCAAGCAAUUACGGAAACUAUAGCAGGAAUAAGGAGACUGACCAGCAUGCCCUGAUGCCCCAGUGGGUCCUCUGCAACAACAGAGAAGCCACAGGGAAAUUGCGGAAUUUACCAGAAAGAAAAAAGCUGAAAUUUGAAGUGGAGAAGACACAAAACAUUAUUUCAAUGUCCUGCCCUAGUCCCAGUAGUGAAAAGAAUACAGAAAAUGAAGGAGAGAGAGUCUCCUGCAGUAGCAAUCAGUGCCUUUCCACAGCACCAGUGACAUUCUCCAGUAAAGCAGAGGAGCAAAAAUUAAGCACAGGAAUUAAUGAAUCCACUGGAGAUACUGAGAAUGUGAAGUAUAUUAAAACAGUCAAACUCCCCGUGAAAGCUGUUAAUUAUAGUGAUGCUAACCUUUCACAUUCAGCAGGUAUUUCAAAGAGUUCAUCUGUGGGUUUUUUAGUGCCUGAAUCAAGGGGAAGUGAUUGCAACUCCUUUGCCUUGCACAGUGCAACAGAUAAAGAUGUCAAAACAGGUCUUGUGAAAGCAGGAGUAAAAGUACCGCUUUGCAAUGACAAUGCUGUUGAUGUGUCUUCUAAAAAUCAUCAUCUGCAAUCUGGUCAUUUAACUCCAGCUCCACAGCAAAAUGCCUUUUCUCCAAAAUAUAUCCUUAAACUACCACAAGAGAAGAGAGCCUCAGAUUUGUCACUUUUGCUUAGAUCAGAACAGAAGAUUACACCUUGCACAUGUGUGACAGACACCUUAACCUACCCCCCCUACUCUCCCAACAGCCCAUCACUCAAUUCUCAUUCUAAUGAUGUCUUUUGGUCCCCUUUAAAAUUUGAAGUGAGACAAAAAGCCAGCAGAGGAGAGCUGCGAUGGAAUGUACAUGCAAACUGGAAAACUCCAGUGUUCUGUUCACCAGUCAAUUCAGAAACAACAAAUAUCUUAACCGCAACAGAUAACACCUUUUAUAACCAAAACUUGAGGCUGCAGGGUGCUGUAAGAGAUGCUUGGAAAAACAAACAAACCAAAAAUAAAUUAAAUUACCAAAAGCAAACAGAAGAGAAGUGGGUGAGCAUAACUACUUCCUCUACCCAAACCCCAAAGAAGAAAAUAUGCUUUACGUCUAUGUAUACAAGUGGUUUUUUCAUAUCAGCUGACAUCAAAGAAGAGAGAAAGGUUUUACAUCACCUUUGCUCAAGAAGUGACUCUUUGAUAAUACCAUCAGCCUCUGGCAAGGGUGCAGAGCCAACAGUUAUGGGGUGGGACAGGAGUGGAACUCCAUGUGUUAAGGACAUUUCACCAGCACUGCAGGUUACACAGCAUGCUCACAGCUCAGCAGACAAUCCCUCUUAUUUUUGCCAUUCUUUUGGCACUUUUUAUUGCCACACUCUCACCACUCACUGUAAAGAAUUCCCAGCACUACCCCACAAUAAUCUGACUUGCUACUCUGGAAGUUUAACAGUGUCAAGCGUGAAGAGCACCUUCCCAUCACUAAAUGCUGAACCUCGGUUAACUUGGUGUUGUUUAACAAGAAGCCUCCCUCUGCCUGUGGAGCAGAAGGGGAGUGCAGACUCUGCUUACUCCUCCAUGCACGGCUGUGACAAGGAGUCUAGCAAUGAAUGCACACUAUCACAAUAUGAUAUUUCUAUUUUCAAAAUGAAAAAUAUUAGCAAGACUCUGGCAUAUGGCUUAACAAACAGGAGUUUAAAAACAUUGGUGUCAUCCUUUUCUAAAGGACAACAGAUGCAGGAGGUAAUGUUGAGCUCAGCAGCUCCUGGUGGUGCUUUCAAAAAUACUUCAGAGCAGAAGAAGAAAACAGUAGUUUGCAAAAAGGAAAAACUCUCAACAAAUAAACUCAAGAGGAGUCACAAACAGAAAAAGAUUAAAGUCACCCCAAAAUGGUACAGAGGAAGGCACAUACACAGAUCUGCUCAACUGAAAAUGAACCGACAAAGCAAGCAGCAUUGUUUCCCAAACAGAACACUGGAUGCUUUUAGGAAGGGCUAUUCAUCCCAGCCCUGUAAAUUUAAGUAUAAGAAGUACCAUUCUCCUCAGUCAAAGGUACAAGGAGAUUACCUACACCAGCAGAAAGAAACAUCUUGUUCCACCUCAGACAAGCCACUUUGCAGAAAGAAAAAAGAAGGAAAGAUUAACUCAGGAAUAUCUGCCCAUACUGAAAAUCUAAACCAUGUUAGAGAAAAAGACAAUAUGGAUAAAAAAUUUCUACAGGACAUUUCUGGGCAAAUCAGGGAACACACAAGAACGAACCUCUCUUUUCAGAACAUUACAGCUCCUCUGGAAAUGUCUGCGACAGCUCACUCCUUUUCAUCCACAGUUACUACAGCCACGCAGCAGGUCAGCAGUGAUGUGGAAAUCUGCUGUGUAGUGACAAAACCACUUGCGCUUCAGCGACCAGUCCCAGGGGAGUCACAGCCAAACGUUCAGGGUGACUCAAUGGCACCUUCUUUUUGGUCUUGCACUUCUGAUUUUACAAAUACAGGCACAGGUGACAGCAAAAACUCAGAAACUACUGGUCCUCUUUCCUUAUAUCUAGAAGCCAGCCAGGAAAAAAUACUAUGUGGAGAGUCAGAGAGUCAAAGAUUUGGUACAUUAGACCCAGUGAUACAGGCCUCAGGAAGGAAGAAACCUCCAGUUGAAGAGAAUACAUGUUCAUCUCCAAAAGAAAACUCAACUCCCAGCUCCAAGCCUGGAUGUUCAUGUUUCUUCAGAUCAAAAGCAGAGUCCUUUCCUGAGGCAGUCUCAAGGGCUGAAUUACCCAGUACAGAACACCCAGAGCAGGCAAACUUUUCUCAAAGAAUCCUUGACCUUCCCAGGAGUGCAGAAAAGAACAGAACCCACCUGCAGCCAGACAGCGAUGGAAGGCCACACGACACUGCUGUUACUGCCUUUCAAAAGCCCCCAGUUACUCUCAGGUCCCCUGCGUUCAAGACUUACGCUGCAACACCUUCCAAGACAUACAAAAAGAGAGGUUUAGAGAUGAUGAGGAAGCAAACCAGAAUUGAGUAUGAUGACACUAGCAGUGAUGAUGAGGAUAGGCUUGUUAUAGAAAUAUAGCAGACAGACUGCUAACAAGAUGAUGUUGCAGGAUGUCAGCCCAUUACAGAAGGAAAUACCACAGAUGUUUAAUCUGUACUUCUGAAGCACCUUAAAAUCUGAAAAGCCAUUCCCCUGCAUAAGCAGCAUUCUCUUCUGAAGACCCUUUUCUUUCAAGGACUCAAACCUUUUAAAAAGGUUUAUUUGAAGAAAAAAGGGAGCUGGCACCACACAUUUAAAUGGUAAACCUGUGUUUAUGAGAGGUUUCCAACACUGUUACAGUCUUAGUGGUCUUACACAAUCCCCACAGGUGCUCACUGCCAGAGGCUGUGUUUCUGAGAGGCUGCAGUGAUUUACUUACUACUAACAGUACAAUAGCAGUGGCUUUCUCAGUACACAAGCUAAGAUCUACUGGAAUGGACAGGUGUAUCCACUUCUAUGUACUCCUCUUUCCUUGUAGUUGCUGGCAUCUGUACUGGGACGGACACAGGCAUUAGUGUUCCCUACAGAUCCGUGAUACUGGAAGAGUCCAGAAAAACGCCGAUCCUUUUCCGUGUUGCACAAAUGUCAAUGCUUCUUUGUGACAAAUGACACAAGCAUGCUUGGCUUUGUGUUUUGUGCCUUUUAUGCCAAAAUCUACUCAAGUACUCUUGAUUUCUAGUUGGAGAACGUGGCUGUUAGCUAUUGAUAGUUCCUUGUGGUAACAUUUCUAACAAGGAUGUUCUCAUUAUAUUCAUCACGUUGUGCUCCAACUGAUGUAACAUGGAAUGUUUCAUUUCUAUGUACUCUUAACUGUGAUGAUGUUACUUUAUUGAGAGUGAAGAAGCUAUAUGGCAUAGCUCAUUUUCUUUUUUUAACAAAAAGUUUUGUGCUACCAACCCUAAAAUUUACUGGUUUCUAUGUGAAUAAAUAAUAAGAUAUUUUAAUUUGA